UAUAUAUAUAUAUCUAAGUAAAAGUCGGUUUUCAUUGAAAUCGUUUAAAAGUUGUCAUACUUCGAUCAAGUAACUCGAAAUGGUUGGCAAAGUUAAAGAGAAGAAGAAGAAGGAAGAAUCCGAGUCAGCGAGUGACAGUUCUUCUGACGAUGAAUCGAAGUCUAAUAGUUCGUCAAGUGGUUCCGAGACCAGCGAUGAUGAUAGCAGUUCAGGGUCAUCUUCUUCCUCAUCAUCAUCCUCAGCAGGAAGUUCCAGCAAUGAGUCCGAAGAUGAAAAAGAUAACAAAAGGAAUGCUGGCUCGACAAAUAGUGCUGAUGCGAAGAAGGCCAAAUAUUCAACGUUCCUAAGGCCUCCACAAGGCUCAAAACCCAAGGAUAAUGAACCAGUGGCUAAACAGGCUUCCCCCUCUCCACAACCAGCCAAACAGUUGAGGAAAAGAUCGAGGACUCCACAAAGAUCUCGAUCGCCCAGGCCUGCUGCUCAUAAGUCCCCUAAAAGAGGAUCACCCAUACCAGCUGGUAGAAGGUCGAGGUCACCCCCACCAGCGGGUAGGAGGUCAAGGUCACCCAGGAGAAGACCAUCCAAGUCACCACACAGGCAGAAAAGAAAGGCUAGAAGCCCUACUCCGAGGCCGACAAAGGUGCACAUCGGCCACCUAACUCGUAACAUCAACAAAGACCACAUCCUUGAGAUCUUCUCGGUUUACGGGCAGGUGAAAAGUGUCGAGCUCAUUCCCGACAGGUAUCACCUGGAGUUCUCAAGGGGCUUUGCCUAUGUUGAAUUCGACAGCCCCGAUGAUGCGGAGAAGGCCAUUAAACAUCUCGAUGGAGCUCAAAUAGACGGGCAGGAGGUAACGGCAGCAGCCAUCUUGGUUCCUAAACCCCGUCCCCCGAUUAGGCGGCCUUCACCUCCUCCAGCUAGAAGACCUCCUGCCGGUGGAAGAUGGCGCCAGUCACCACCCCCAAGAUUCAGGAGAAGCAGUCCUCCAAGAAGACGUCCUUCCCCGCCGGCCAGACGAAGGUCAAAGUCGAGGUCAAGGUCACCGAAGAGGAGGAGGUACAGUAGGUCAAGUUCAUCGUCAUCAUCCAAAUAGUGAUGGUGAUGGUGGCAGUGUGGUUAAGGGGAUGAUGAGGAUGAUGAUGAUGAUGAUGCUUGGUGGGACAUUUACUUUUGAAUUUUGAAUAAUGCAUGAUAUUUCAAACGACAAUGAUAAUGGCAUUAGUGAUGAUGAUGAUGAUGAUGAUGAUAAAAAUUAUAUUUUGAUGAUGACGGGUGAAUGAUUGAAUGAAUUAAUGGACGAUCGAAUGAUCUAUAAUAUUACUUAAUGUUAUUAAACUCAUUAUAACCAAAUGACAUUUGAUUACUUCAUAUCCAUUCAAGCUGAAGAAGGUAUUGGUAAUGAUGUUGAUGAUGAUGAUAGUGAUGAUGACGAUGGUGGUGAACUACACCAAGCUACUAGUAGUAGCAAGAGUAGUAGUGGUGAUAGUAGUAGUAGUAGUAAAAGCAAACCGAUAAUAAUAUUAAUGACGAUGUUUCUUUAAAUGAUGAUAAUUUUUUGACUGUUUUGUUGUUGUUGCUGUUAAAAAAAUUUGUAUUAGACAGUUUGAAAAUGAUUCUUUUUCUCUUUAUUUAUGGAAAAAAUUAUUCAGUUAACUGGUUAAUUAAUUAAUUAAUUGAUUAAUUAAUUCUAAUUAAUUAAUC